UUUCAAGAUUCAACCUUGCUGCUUUUCUCUUAAUCUUUCAUAUCUUGAGUCCUAUCCCCCCUGAUGAGUCUAUCUAGUCUAUACGGGAACAGUCUUCGGGUUGUUCAUUGUCAGGCCCUAACAUUGCCACGCGUUAGGCUCAAAUCGGUGACUGGCGACGUAAAUUCUCAUUCUAUCUUAAAGUUGGGUGGACGUAACUUUCUGUCGAGAAAUUUUUUUGUUCAAGAUCAGCCUGGUGGUACCAGGACUUCUUUAUCAAAUACAGCUAGAUUCAUCUCUUCGCCGCUGUUUUAUACCCCAAGACCUAGAGCCAGAAUAAAAAGGGUUUCUUCCAAGGAAUUUUCCAGUUAUUGCCUACCAUUGAACCAAUCCAGUAAUAAAUCGCAUAAAGAAAUGUCUUCCCAUGAUCAUACUCACGUAAAGGAGUCUGAUAAGACUUCCCAUGAUCACCAUCAUUCGCAUGAAGGUGGGGGUCUUUUCAGUCAUUCCCACUCCCAUGACCUUCAUCAACCAAAUGAACUUUUGUCAACCUCAAAGGAAUCUUUCAAAUCGAACCCGGCUGUCCGUAUCACUUGGAUAGGUCUACUUGUUAACGUGUCAAUGGUGAUUACAAAGGGGAUUGGUGGGAUAUAUUUCCAUUCGCAAUCGCUUAUUGCUGAUGCUAUCCACUCGGUUUCGGAUAUGGUUGCGGAUUUCUUAACUUUGGCAACGGUUAACGUGGCUGCCAAAGUUGGUCACUCCACCCAUUUCCCAUUGGGUUAUGGGAAAAUUGAGACGGUGGGAUCGUUCUUGGUUAGUGGUGUUUUGAUUUUCGCCGGGGUUUCUGUUGGUUGGUCUUCGUUAUUACAAAUUUUUGAAUUCGCUUUACCUCACUAUAUCUAUGAAUACGCUUCAAUGAUUCAAAUUGGUCACUCUCAUUCCCAUGGUGGUUUCUCCGAAGCCAUUGGUGAUCAGACCCAUUCUCAUUCCCAUUCCCAGGCUCCCAUUGAUCAACCCGAGACUUAUAGAGAAGUUCCCAAUAUCAAUGCAGCCUGGUUGGCCGGUGGUUCAAUCAUCGUCAAAGAACUUCUUUAUCAUAAAACCAUGCAGAUCGGUCUUGAAAAUAACUCCAAAGUCUUGGUUGCCAACGCAUGGCACCACCGUGUGGAUUCUUUAACUGCCUUUGUUGCUCUUCUCACGGUCACUGGUGGAGUUCUUUUCAAUGUCGCUUGGUUGGAUUCAAUUGGUGGGUUAUGUGUUUCCUUACUUAUCAUUAGAGCUGGCUGGGGUACGUUUAAAUCUUCUUGGUAUGAAUUGAUUGAUCGUGGUGAAGCAAAAGAUAGCGAGUUUUACGAAAAAAUUAAAUCCAUCGUUGAUAAAGAAAUCGAAGUCAUUGCAAAAGGAAAUUUCAAAUUAGACGACUUGUCGGUCAUGUCUUCUGGUGCAAAUACAAAUAUAUAUAUUCAUCUUGGAACCCCCCAUGGCGAGAAUUACAAUUUACCCGAUUUAAAUAAAAUUGAAUCAAGCUUGGCUCAUGCCAUCAAGAAAGAUGAUAAGUUUGUUAGAAAUAUCUUCAUUCUGUUCAAAGAACAGCAACAAAAACAACUUGAUGAUUAGACAAUAGAUAUGCUC